AUGGAUUUCCUGACCAAAUUUGUUAAGUGCGAAUUUCGUACGCACGUAGAAAUCGGUGUUUUGAUCCGUGUGGCGUUAAUCGUAUUCGGUAUAUACCAUGAUAAAUAUUCUGCUGUAUCGUAUACGGAUAUAGAUUAUAAAGUUUUUACGGACGCAGCCAAGCAUGUUUACAAAGGGGAUUCCCCGUACAAACGUGACACGUACAGGUACAGUCCACUCAUAGCUUUUAUGCUGUUGCCCAACGUGUUUUACAGCCGAACCUUUGGCAAGCAACUGUUCUGUUUAUUCGAUGUCCUUGUUGCUAUUGCGUUGAAAAUUUUGGUUGAACGCCAGUUAAAAUCUAAAGAGAAUGCUUCGAAUAUUGCUAAAUACUGCUCGUUAUUUUGGAUCUAUAAUCCGAUGAGUAUUGUGAUUUCUUCUCGAGGGAACGCAGAUUCCGUUCCUUGCUUUUUCGUAAUUCUAUCAAUACUUUUCCUACAAACCGAUAUAGUCAAAGGUUUCUCAAAGUACAUUUUAUCCGGAAUUUUCUUAGGCUUCUCAAUACAUUUACGCUUGUAUCCUUUAGCGUUGAGUUUUCCAAUGUACUUAUCCCUGGGCGAAUACAAAAUCAAUCGAAAUACUAAAUUAGUAUCUGGUAUUCUAUCGCUAAUGCCAAAUAGAAAACAAUUGUUACUUACAUUCAGUUGCAUUUUAACUUUGUUUUCUUUGACCUAUGCAAUGUAUAAAAUGUACGGAUAUGAAUUUUUAUUCGAAACCUACAUCUACCAUCUUUUUAGAAAGGACACAAGGCAUAACUUUUCAGUUCUAUUCUAUUAUUCAUAUUUAAACAUGGACGAUAUAUCUUUUGAUGGAGUUAAGAUAAUUUUGCAAACUUUUGAGGUUAUUAUUCUGUUCGUCAUAAGUUUGACGUUUGGGACGAAGCCAGAGACUUUGUCUUUCGCUCUGUUCUGUCAAACUGUCGUUUUAGUUACGUAUAAUAGUGUAAUGACGUCACAAUACUUUAUAUGGUUUCUCUCCCUUUUGCCGUUGGUAGUUCACAGUUUCAAAAUGAAGGUAUCGCAAGCAUUUAUAUUGUUUGUUCUUUGGAUAUCUUCUCAGGGAGCUUGGUUAUUUUACGCGUAUUUACUAGAGUUUAAAAGUAGGGAAGUUUUUCUUUUUGUUUGGUUAAAAGGCAUCGUAUUCUUCUGCGCGAAUAUUUAUAUUCUUGCACAGCUUAUAAAGUGUUAUAAACCUGGCUAUGGUUUCGGACUUUGUCAAACUAAUGAAGUAAAAACCAAAGAUAUUUUAAAUACCUAGUAUCUAGUACAACUAGGUACUUCCUGAUCCCAAGUCAGUAACUUAUACCUACAAUUGACUUAGGUUGAGAACUAUAGAGAGCUCUUUGUCUAUGGUCAGACUUAAGACGCUGCUAAAACGAGACAGCGUUAUA